CUAUGUCUGAUAGCAUUUGACCCUAUUGCUUUUAGCCUCCUGGCUUCUUUAUCUAUAUAUACACAGGUAUAUGUGUAUAUUUUAUAUAAUUGUUCUCCAUUUGUUGAUAUCAAAGAGAGUUGAAGGCAAUGAAUUUUGAAACUUCACGGUGUGCCACCCUACAGUACUGCCCUGACCCUUACAUCCAGCGUUUCGUAGAAACCCCAGCUCAUUUCUCUUGGAAAGAAAGUUAUUACCGAUCCACCAUGUCUCAGAGCACACAGACAAGUGAAUUCCUCAGUCCUGAGGUUUUCCAGCAUAUCUGGGAUUUUCUGGAACAGCCUAUAUGUUCAGUUCAGCCCAUUGACUUGAACUUUGUGGACGAACCAUCAGAAAAUGGUGCAACAAACAAGAUUGAGAUUAGCAUGGACUGUAUCCGCAUGCAGGACUCGGACCUCAGUGACCCCAUGUGGCCACAGUACACGAACCUGGGGCUCCUGAACAGCAUGGACCAGCAGAUCCAGAACGGCUCUUCGUCCACCAGCCCCUACAACACAGACCACGCGCAGAACAGUGUCACGGCGCCCUCGCCCUAUGCGCAGCCCAGCUCCACCUUUGAUGCCCUCUCGCCGUCGCCCGCCAUCCCCUCCAACACCGACUACCCGGGCCCACACAGCUUCGACGUGUCCUUCCAGCAGUCGAGCACCGCCAAGUCGGCCACCUGGACGUAUUCUACUGAACUGAAGAAGCUGUACUGCCAAAUUGCAAAGACAUGCCCCAUCCAGAUCAAGGUGAUGACCCCACCUCCUCAGGGCGCCGUUAUCCGCGCCAUGCCCGUCUACAAGAAAGCUGAGCACGUCACCGAGGUGGUAAAACGUUGCCCCAACCAUGAGCUGAGCCGUGAAUUCAAUGAGGGACAGAUUGCCCCUCCUAGUCAUUUGAUUCGAGUAGAAGGGAACAGCCAUGCCCAAUACGUGGAAGACCCCAUCACAGGAAGACAGAGUGUGCUGGUACCUUAUGAGCCACCCCAGGUUGGCACUGAAUUCACGACAGUCUUGUACAAUUUCAUGUGUAACAGCAGUUGUGUUGGAGGGAUGAACCGCCGUCCAAUUUUAAUCAUUGUUACUCUGGAAACCAGAGAUGGGCAAGUCCUGGGCCGACGCUGCUUUGAGGCCCGGAUCUGUGCUUGCCCAGGAAGAGACAGGAAGGCAGAUGAAGACAGUAUCAGAAAGCAGCAAGUUUCGGAUAGCACAAAGAACGGUGAUGGUACGAAGCGCCCUUUUCGUCAGAACACACAUGGUAUCCAGAUGACUUCCAUCAAGAAACGAAGAUCCCCAGAUGAUGAACUGUUAUACUUACCAGUGAGAGGCCGUGAGACUUAUGAAAUGCUAUUGAAGAUCAAAGAAUCCCUGGAACUCAUGCAGUACCUUCCUCAGCACACAAUCGAAACAUACAGGCAACAGCAGCAGCAGCAGCACCAGCACUUACUUCAGAAACAUCUCCUUUCAGCCUGCUUCAGGAAUGAGCUUGUGGAGCCCCGGAGAGAAACUCCAAAACAGUCUGACGUCUUCUUUAGACAUUCCAACCCCCCAAACCGAUCAGUGUACCCAUAGAUCCCCAUCUCUGUAUUUUAAGCCUGUGUGUUUGUUAUGUUUCCAUGUGUGUAUGUGUGCGUAUGUAUGUGUGUGUAUGUGUGUGUGUAUCCAGCCCUCAUAAACAGGAUUUGAAGACACUUUGGCUCUGAGACCCAACUGCUCAAAGGCACACAGCCACUAGUGAGAAAAUCUUUUGAAGGGACUCAAAACUUUACAAGAAAGGACGUUUUCUGCAGAUUUUGUAUCCUUAGAUCAGGAAACACUGUGUUCGUCUGUGAGCUUUUUGUUGUUUCCUGGGAGGGAGGAGGUCAGGUGGGGAAAGGGGCAUUAAGAUGUUUAUUUAGAACCCUUUUCUGUUUUCUUCUGUUGUGUUUCUAAAACUCAUAAAGAAGCUUUUGAGCAGGUCUCAAACUUAAGAUGUCUUUUUAAGAAAAGAAGAAAAAAGUUGUUGUCGUCUGUACAUAAGUAAAUUAGAGGUGACUGAGAGACCCAGUGGGGCCCUUUGAAUGCUGGUCAUGCAGUAAUGUUGCUAAUAUUAACAAACGAAGAUGUCAGGUGUACUGCUGAGCAGAGAGGUGAGGUGAUUAUUAACACCAAUUUUGGGGGGUGAGGUAUUCUUCUCUUCUUUUUGGGGACUUGCAUAAUUAAAGUCCUCUCCUCACAUGUAGGUAGAAAAUUCAUUAAUGCCAUGUCAGAUCAUAUCUUUUCCACCAUACGUCAGCUCUGAUAUGAUCCAGUUUUCUUUGCAUAUGAAACCCUGGAGACCUACCACCAAAACUGUUGUUUACACCCCAUGGCAGUUAAACUUAUUUCAUAGUUUUAAUAGAAAGAUAAAACCACCCCAAGAAUACUUCCCCAGGCAGUUGUUUACUGUUAUUCAGUGCCCAACAUGAAGUUCAAAGUCCCAUCACCAAAUCUAUGAUUAAUUUGUUUAAUUAGAGCUCCUAGUCCUCAAUCCUACCUACCAUAAAACCAGCCACAUGACUGACACCGUUCAAAUGCAUUUAUUCAGGAGGUUUAUGUUUUGAUUGAGACCCAAGCAGACACGUGUUAAAAUCAAUACUCCUGGCCUAGAAAUUAUAGAGUAGAUAACUCAAAGAGUUUAGAAAAUCUCUAUUUCAUUUUAAAAAUGUACUUUAAAAUAAUAGCAUACAGACUUUAAAAAUCUAUCCUGUCUCCCCAUCUCCCCACACCUAAUCACCAGUGCUGUAUUUUCUAUGUCCCCACAAUGAUUUCUUGUUAUUGAGGCUGUUGCUUUAUGAAAGUGUGAUUUCAAUUUUAAAUAAACUUUUGCAUCUUGGUUUAUCUUGCA